AUGAAUAAUGGUGGUGAACAGAUUAAUGGCCAAGAAUCAACAAUUUCUUCAAUUUCCUCAAUUUCUUCAAUUCAUCAGAAUAAUCAGAAUGGUCCAUCAGCAUUUAUUAUUCAUCGACCGGUUUUAUUACCAGAUAUUAUUAAAUCAUUUUCUCAAGCUAGAAGAUCUAAAAUGAGAACUAGACCAGUUACAAGAGCAAAAAAUAAAAGAGAAAGUCAAGAAUUAGAAUUAUUAAAAUUAACCGGAUUAGAUCACAUUAUUGAUACACCAGAUAAUAAUGGAUCAAAUAAAAAUGAUGAAGAACCCGUGACUAAUUCAUCACGUCGUACCGCAGCAAUGAAUGGACAAAAAUUUUUAACAACAUAUACAAAUUCACAAAUUUCUAGAACAAAUACAAAUUCGGCAAAUGGUGAUAAACAAAAUAAUCGAUCAAAUAAUCAUAAUGGAAAUUUACAAUAUUAUCGAAAUUCUAAUCAACGAAGAACUUCGGUGUCAGUAUCAUCAUUAUCAUCAAUUCCUACUUCAGAAUUAAGUGAUUAUGAUCUUAACUCUGAUAAUUUUGGAGAUGAUGAAGAUGAUCCAGAUUUUGCUCCACCAACAAAGAAACGUAAAGGAGAUCAUUCACCUUCUAAAUAUUAUCCGAAUUCAUC